ACUUGAAAAACAUUAAAAGCCCCGCGAAACUUCCGAUUCAAGACUCAGGAUGAUGGAGGAGGUGUCCACCAUGAUGGCCUAUGAUGCCGAUCUUAUGGAACAGAUGAGCGAAGAGGAGAUCCUGGCCUGUCUGGUCUCUGAAACAGGACCAACUUUCACGGUGCCAUCAAAGAAAGCCAAGCUGAAGGAGAGUCGGCUCCAGAUAAUGGACGGUGAGGGCAAAGAUGAAGACCCUGUGGACAAAUACCUGAGGGAAAACCUUCGUCUCCAGCAGACCAGUCUCCGCCUUGAGCAGGAAAAUGACAACCUGGCUCACAGACUCAUCUCCAGCAAAGUGGCUCUGAGGAACGCUCUGGACACGGCAGAGGACAGAGUAGAUGAACUCUGUAAAGACCUGGCCCAGACCAGACAUCGACUGGAGGCCACGGAGGAAGUGAUGAGACACAAGGAGGAGGAGACUGCAAUGUUGAAAGAAGUGUUUCGGAAGGAGCUGGAAAAAACAGAGCAGGACCUGAAACGGUCAUCAGGCAUCAUCACCGACUACAAACAGAUCUGCUCCCAGCUGACAAACCGUCUGGAGGAGCAGCAGAGCUCCCACAGAGAGGAGCUGGACUCCAUCAGGAAUACAGUGAAGGUCUGCUCUCACUGUCAGCACGUUUUAGCCACCGCUGAAUCAUCGAUCAUCGGAGGUCGAACAACAUCAGCAGACGCCGAGACACACGGUCAGAGGACGACAGAAAGAGACGUGCCUGAAGGAAGUGAAGCUCAGAACGAAGCAGAGCAGAAGAAGGAGGAGCAGGAGAACGAUUCCCUGAAGGAUCACAUCAGGGAACUAGAGAAGGAGCUGGCCCAGACCAAACUUCAGUUGGUGGAGUCUAAGUGUAAAAUCCAGGAGCUGCAGCAUCAGCAAGGAAUGAUGGCCAACCAGCUCCAGGAAACUAAAAACAGCUGGAUUAACAAGGCUUUCACCUCCCUGAGAACCUCCAACGGGGGACUCCAAGCUCUCAGCCUACCCAGAGAUGGAGCUCCUUCACUGGGAUGGAACCUCCACGGAGGCUCCCUGUCUGAAAAGAUGCUUUCAUGGCGCCUGGGAGAAAACAGAGUCACUCAUAGCUUGGACAUCAAACCAUCAGACUCCUGAAACAAGAUGUAUAGAAAUCUAUAGCUGCUAUAAAUCACUAUGAACACUAGAGGGUGGCAAGAAGCUCGCGUAAACGCAAAAAGACUUGUAUUUAUCACUGUAUUGGAUGCAUUACAGCUACUGUAUAUGUGCCAUAUGAAACACUUUGUAUAUAAACCAUAAAAAUACAGUAUUUACUAAAACAA